AUGCUAGAACUGGAAUGUCUCGCAGUGACCGGUCCAACUGGAGCGGCUGCCGGUGUCGUCAACGGUGUAUGGGGUAGCGCCAACGAGGCCGAGUUUUCCCGGAUCUUCUUGGGUGGUUUACAAACCAGUCUGCUCGAACUGGAUGCUCUGGAACGCUGGGGUGAAGUAAUUCACACAACGGAUAUCGGGAUCGGAGGCUCUGUGGUACUCCGGCCUUUUAGUUCUGGUCUAUGUGCGGGAAACACCAGUGGAAAGGUUUACGAUCUGCGAUCCGGACGUGCCCAAAUUCCCUUGUCCACCUCUUUGGACCCGUGUUUCACGCGAUUCUUCCCAGGAUGCACGGAUCGCUUGUUCGUGGCCUCGCAAACCGGUGCAUUCCAAAGUAUCCAAUGGGGCAGUCCCUCAUUCUCUCCAGAUGACUUGGGUCAAUUGUGGCUCACUUACGAUCGCGUUGUGGCCAUGGAUAUCUCGCACAGUGGCAACUGUGCUAUCUUCGGUACGGAAAACGGUCAGAUGCAAUUGUACGUGCGCGACAUCAACAUGUGUCAAUUCAAUGUCAACCCAAUGCCAACGGAAUUCGCUUCUCCACUAGCCGAAAGUCUGUUGGUUACCAACGGUCUAGGUACUUCCGUACCACCAGCCUAUGCCUUCUGGGAUGAUCCUAAUCUGACCACCGGGCAACCGGGCUAUCAGGGUAACACGUUGGCUAUGCUUGGUCGAGCGGCAGCCGAGGCGGUCGGACUGCAACUAUUGGCUGCCUCAUUACAUCAACCUGCGGCCACUUCUUCGGACAAACUAUCCACACCAGAAUUGGUCGAGCUGGUGGAACGAAAGAAAGCAGAGGCGGCAAAUGAAGCGGUUCUCGUCGCGUACAAACCAGUCGAGUACGAUGACUAUCGGUUCUCAUCUGCCAGCGUUCCAUUCGCAUUCCAACCUCCCCCGAUCGAGACGGAAAAUACGACUGGAGCUAACGGAUCUGAAUCGACCAGUUAUCGAAGUCCACGCAAAGAAGAUCAAAUGACUUCAUCGGAUUGGCCGGAAGAUUUGUGUCCUGUCCGACCGCGCCGUGAAUCUAGUCGAAUCAAAGUCGAUCACAUCUCUAUCAUGCUCCCGGUUGAUCCGGAACUGAUAGUCAGUGCUAAUCGAAAACGUGCUGUUCGGAAACCGGCCCAUUGGGGAACUGUGUGGCAUCCUUAUCCACCUCUCGGUCAAGAUGAUUCGAACCUGGACGAUGAGGACUCCCUGGGGCGUUUCGUGGAUGUGCCCCGAGUGUUGGAAUCGCAAGCCACGUGA